CCACCCCCACCCUGAACACAUGUUCAACAUCCUCUGGGCACAGGCUGAGCACAGCACUGAGACACAGCUGAGAAUCAGAGAGAGAGGGAGCGGUGAAGUGGAAAUAUGGGUGAGCAUCAGAGAAAGACAGAAAUAGAGCGAUGAAGCAGUGAAUUAGGCAGAGGAGGACUGAUGCAGACAGUCUUUCACUGAGGCGUGCUGUUUGCUGCAGACAAGGUUAUAUUGUCGUCGCAGAGAAGCCGUGGUCGUGUGUGGAUGUGAGAACCUCAUGGAUUCGUCCCCCCUCUGAGUCUCGGCGGAAUUGAUCGCAGACGGAGGAUGCGCCUGUUGUUGGAUGUUAGGAUCCAUGUGAGCCUGUGACGUCUGCGUCCCUCAGCGGCUACCUUCCUCCUCAGGAUGGCUCCGGCGGCUCUGACCCAGAUUGUGGAGUCGCGGCUCUUCGCUGUGCGCUGCUCCUCGGGCGGUGUGUUGCUGUGAUGCGGACGAGGGAUGCUCUUGAGGCCGGCGGACCCCGCUCAGCCCGCUGCCUCUGCUGACAUCUGUCUCCGUGGUUACGCACAGCGCCUGGCACGCUACGCCACCAACACUGAUCCAUAAUAAUAAUAAUCCCCAGCUGGAGAACAAACAACAUCUGGGUGUGGAGAGAAGGGAGAGGGGGAAGUCUCAGCAGGGUGGGCAGCAGAUGGUGACACUGCAGCAGCACUUCUCCAGCAUGGAGGAGACAGUACGAACAAUAUUGCAGAACCAAGACUCACUGGAGGGGCCUAAGGUGGACCCACUGGACCUCAUGAAAGCAUACAAGGACAAACUCUUGGAGGAAAUGUGGAAGCAGCAGGACAGUCUGGAGGGUCCCACAGCCACAGCAGCAGAGAUGCCGACCUCACCCGAGGCUGGCGGUGGAUCAGAGGAAAAUUCAAAGGACAGCAAUCCCCUGCUAGAGCGACUUAGAGUGCUGGAGGCAGAGAACUCUGCUCUGUCGUUGGAGAACGACAACCAGAGGAAGCAGUAUGAACGCUGUUUGGAUGAGGUGGCUAACCAGGUGGUCCAGGCCCUCCUCACACAAAAGGACUUGAAAGAGGAAUGUGUGAAGCUGCGGACCCGUGUGUUUGACUUGGAGCAACAAAACCGCAUACUGAGCGUGCUGUUUCAACAGCGUGUCAAAAUGUCCACCAUUCCUGUCUCCCAGGAGGUUCAAAGAAAUGGAAAAGCCGGUAUUCCUGCAGGAAGAUGGCCCAGCUUACUGAGCCUCACUUGUCCACGCAGUAGUGGUAGCGGUAGUGGCAGUGAGCUGUCACUAUCCAGUGCUUGUAGUGAAUACUCUAGUGGCUCCCACACCUGGGCAGAGGGACGGGGAUUCUCCAAGCAGUGUGCCACAAGCCGGGACAAAAGGAUGAGUACAGGUUCAGUAUCCAGCAAUCAUUCAGCACCCUCUGAUCAAACAGAACUGGGAUGGAAGGAAGGCCACAUCUUGAAAGGCCUAAAGCGUCUUCAAAUGUGCAACUCCAAAGAGGCGUCCUCUCUUGCAUCUGUACCCCACUGCAAAGAUUGUAUGACCUCAAAUGAGGGCAUAUAUUCUCUAUAUUCUCUUGGUGUCAAGUGUGGCCAACAAGGAUCUACAGCCAAGCAGGUAGCUCCAGCAAGUAAACCUUUCAAGGCUGAAGCAGGGAUUGCAACCCUAGAUUCUGAUGAUGCAGACGAUGAAUCACCUAAAUUACCAAACAGGGAAUCCAGUGAUAAGCCAACAAAAGAACUCCUGUUCAUGGACAAACUCGAUGUCUCUGGAGAUGUUGACAAAAUUUUUCAAGAAGACCCUGUGAAGCUUUCAGGGAAUGCUGGUCUUUUCCCCUCACCUGUUACAGACAACUUCUUGUUUUUGGAGGGCCCCACAGUAAAACCUGGUGUAAGCCCAACUGAUAGCCUUACACAGCUAGAGGAAAUAAACAAAGACUCAUUAGAAAAACACAAAGGCAUAAAGUUCAGUGACAGAAACAAUAACCAAGAAAGGUCUACUGACCGCAAGUCCAGACUUGAUCAUGUCAAAAGACAACAAGGCAGACUUCCCAUUAAGCAAAUGGAAGCAGGGACGGGCGAUGUGAGCUCAUCUCUUCAGCAUAGUGCAACAAGAGCUCUCAGUUGUGUGAAUGAAGCCAGACAGCGCAGCUCCUCAAUGGAGGUUCCUCAUUGCAGAGACCAGGCGAUUCAAGCUGGUGGUGAAAGUCAGGAUUAUGCCAUUUCAGAUUCCCGACAGAGGAAGCCAAAGUCUCAACUUUGUGACUCAGCGAGGAAAGCUUUCAUCCUACGGAGCAAGAGCGCAGAUGGAGGACCAGAACAACCUAAGCAUACUCAUUCUCCUCUACACCAAAAGCUUAUUAAAGGUCACAGGUCAAAGGGGCAGUCAAACCCCAAUCCUACAGGCCACAGUGUUCCAAGUAAAAGGACAAAUCCCAAUAAACUGCAUGGUUCAAGCAAGGCUGAAGCAGAUGCAGAUACUGAAGUACCAACAAGUUCCAAGUCUCUUGAGAGUGUGCCACAGCGCUCUCCCCUUGCUUCCCCUGUAAAACAUUCAAAGACAUUUAAGUCAACAGGGAUCAAUGAAUGCUUAAAGAGUCCAACGAAAUCAUCUUUGCCUGUCACUAAAAUUCAGUCAGCCAGUGACUCAGUUGAAGAGAGCAUCUAUGACAACUUACCCUGUUCUCCACGAAAACAACGGCGCCAAGACCAGCACUGUGAUGUUUCCCAUUCAGAGCACAGAUCUCCAUCCCCACCACUACCCCCAGGUCGGAGUGCUUCUCUCCUCCUUAGAUCUGGUUGUGACAGUUUACCAAAAGAUCAAAAAUCAGCAGGUCAGGCUCAAAGCUCUACUACUGGAAAGACAACAUCAAGCUCCACCAAGACGCAAUCAAAUCAGCGUUCUUCUGUUUUACAGCCUCAACAAUCCAACACAACAAAAGACAAUCAACAUACAACCUCUCAAAUGGGCACUGAAGGCAAAUCACUGAAAGAUGUUCCAGCCAAAAUCUACCAUACCCACUCAUCUAAAAUACCGCCUGUCCCAGUUCAAGAAUCACAAGCUUCAGAGUCAGUUCAAUUAUCUGCAGACAGACCAGUUGCCAUAUGCUAUAAUGAAAAUGGUGCUCCUUCUAUGUUGCCAAAUCAGAGCAUCUUGCAAAGAUCCCAACAGAGCAUUAGUGAGCCAAAACUUUCAGAAGUUUUGCCUCCAGCAUAUUCUAAUGUUUACUACCAUGGGAUUGCCAAUAAUCCCCAGUCUUCCACGUCAAGAGCUGUAAAAAGAAGUCUUCCUGUGAAUGCUAAAUCUCAUGAGGCAAUCUCUGGACAAGAAACAAAUACAUUCCUCAUUUUUGGAAGACAAAACAAAGAUGACACUGCAAAAAGUGUCCAAACCUUUCAGACUUUUACAUGUGAUCCACAGAUGAUACAUGACUGUGGUCGCAGAAAGAUUGAGACUCGAUGUAACUCACUGGAUUCUGAGCCCUCUGUUCAACCUGUUGCAUCAGACAGCGGCGUAAUGUUAGACUGGGGAUUUGAUGAGGAAGGUUGGUUGUUUAAACGGUCUGUGUCUGUGUCUACCAGACCUCCUCUUAAACCAGUCCUGGGCAUGAAUGGGGCCAAAGCUCGUAGUCAGAGCUUUGGUGCACGCUACAUGGACAGACCCAGCUUCAACAGAUCUGGAAAGGUCCGCACUCAGAUCAAAACACACUCAGGGAGCUCCUUGAACUCUCUCGGUGAUGUCCUUCCAGGAAGUAUGAGCUGCUCCAAUAGCUACCACUGUCCAAUGAAUCGAUCCCUUUUGAACAACUUCUUGAUUGAAGAGGGACUGACAGUUCCCUCCCAUUUGGGAUCCUCCAGUGAAAGACUUCAAAGUCUUAAACACCAGAGAGAGCAGGCUAGACGUCUUCAGAUUGAGCAGCAGUUUUCAAGCGCCUUCGGGGAACCAGUUUCUGAAGAGCCUGAGAGACAAAGUACUAUAACUACAAUUGAAGAGAAAGUGAUGCUUGGCAUAGAGGAAAACUUGCAUAAGUCUCAGGAACAGGAGAGAAGCAUUGAAGUGAAGCAAAAAUCUGGCUCAAGUUUAGCAAAUUGGUUUGGUUUUCGGAAGAGUAAGCUUCCUGCCCCAAGCAGCAAGAAGACUGAUCCACCAAAAGUAAAGGAAGACAAGAGGGAGCAAAAGAUUACAUCACUGCUGAGUGGAAAGCAGACCAAGUCUGACAAAAAGAGAGACAGAAGAAAAAGUGAUGGAAAAGACAGCUCUGUGGGGAGAAGAGAGUCUCAUGAUGCGGUGCGGGCAUGCAUUUCAAUGCCCUGCCCAGGAAUGUCCCUGAGUGAGAUACAAGGACAUACUGACAUCAUCGGGGACCCAAAGAUGCAGAUGAUGAACCGAAGAGCUGACAGUGAAAAUGGAUCCACAGUGAAGAGCCCCACCCAAGACGCAGUAAUAGGCUCCGGCUGCAAGAUGCGAACGUUGGACAGUGGGAUCGGGACCAUCCCCCUUCCUGAAUCCUGUUCCUUCUUCUCCUCUAUCCUGCACUUCCUCCCCAAAUCCUCAUCAACCCCAGAGCAGUCCCUCAGUCCUCCCAGUGUUCCCGGCUCCUCCAGCGAGGAUGUGUCUCCUUCCCCGUUACCCCGGUGGAGAAUCCCCUCCAGCUUUAAGGACAGCAGCCAUGCAGGGGUGCCAAACUCCCUGUCCGACUCCUCCAUGACCCAUAUCCAAUCAGUGCCUUUCCCCACUGUGGCCUUCCUCCAGCCCAUCCAACCCCCGUCUGAACCCAUUAUGACCUCUGCCAGUGUGUGUGAUACGCAGAGCAGGCUGCCCAGACCACCACCAGGUGGAAUGGAACCAAAGAAGUUGACCUAUAUCAAAUCGAAAACACGAGCCACUCCGAGCCAACAGAAAGAACAGACGAGACUUCAGCUUGCCAACUAGUUUCCAAAGCUGAAUGAGUCAAGCUGAAGCAAGGAAUCGAGCAAUCAGAUGGAAUUAUCGCUCUACCACACAUGGAGGAUCCCUAAAUCCCACAGCUUGGACACUGUGUCUUUGUAUCAGGAUGAAACACUCAGAACUGGACAACAAGUGAGCUUGGCAGUGUGGGCUUCCACCUGUGCUCACUGUUGUGUUAAGAUACUGAGAAACCUUUUAGGUGUAGCAACAAACCUUCUGGCAGCCAUUUUGGAGGUCUGCGCCUCGUUGGCAUCAGCCACGAGCUGUUGAUUGAAUUUCAGAGUCUACAAUUCUGCUGUGGUUCAUUUUUCUGUGAAUUAUUUGCCUGGGCAAACCAAUAGUUGUACACAUCUGAUUCACACAUAAGCAAACACAGUGGGUCCUGUUAGUGACCAGCAAUUUCAUUUCCACAUAGUUAUCAUAUCAAGCUCUACUUGUUAAGGUAAGCUACAAGAACAGAGCAAGACAAGGUCAGAACUGCAAUCACAAAAUGAAUUUUACACAGCUCAGAUAAAUAGAACAAUCAGUGAUUUGUACAGUAAUGUUGCAAUUCUAAUAGCCUUUAUUUCAGGAGCACUCUCAAAAUAAAAGUUACAAAGUGCUUUACAAGGAUAGCAAGAUUAAACAGACAAGUCAAAGAAGACCGAGAAAAACACAAUUCACUGUUUCAAAAUGAAUACAAAUUUUAAAAGAACUAAAGGACACUUCAACAAAAAUCAGCUUUACUGUAUUUAUGCUAAACACAUGAACAUUUUCCUACAAUGACCUUCCCUGACAACCAAAACGUAACAUUGGGUUUUAAAGAUUAUGAACAGGCAAAUCAAAGCACUCAGUUAGGACCAGGGAAACAUGCCAGUCUUUGGAAAAUCCUGAAAACAAUGGUUGCAGGAGGUCUUUGUUAGUUAAAUAGACAAGUUUGAGAUCAACAGUUAGAUAGAAAUCAACAAUGACUUUUUGCUAGAUCAGGAAAACAUGACUAUGUUGCCUGCAUUGGAUGUAAAUGUUGAAAUUUGUACUUCUGGAUGAUGCCUGUCUUGUUAAAAUCCAUUUCAAAAUGAGAGUAAACUCUUACAGAAUGCAAAUGAGUUAAAGUAUAAGUGGGUCUGUCAACAUGUGGUGGAGGCUGUUGUGAAUUUGGUCUACUUUUGCCUAAUGUGACCUUCAGACAAGGACGCACUACAUAUCUGUAGCUUGGUGGUUAAAGCUGCAGUAAUUGACUUUUGCUUGCUUUCACAUCCAGAUCAAACAACAUUUGAGUUGUCACUGGCCAGUUUACAAUUCUACUACAAAUAUUUGCUGUUCUUUUACCUCAUUUUUGUUCUCCACCAUCUCUUAAUAUGAAUUUGAGGUUUUUUAGCAUGGUAGCUGUUCAACUACAUGUAGCAGCCUAAUGACAAUAUGACAGGAUCUGUCAUUUGGUAAUUGGUGGGAUUCUCUUCACCAAAACACAGGCAAAAGAAAAAGUUCAUAUUACGAUCAUUUAAUUCCACUUUCGUCUCAACAUUAUAUACACACAUUAUGCAGAUUUAAAUAUUUGGAAAAGUAUUCACAUGUACAACCAGUUCAGCACCAGACCUUCACAAUGGCACCAGCUGUGGUCACUACUGGAGUUCAGUGAUGCAAACGCAAGACCUUCUCUGAAAUCCUGAAGAACAAACGUGAUGUAGCCACAUUCAUUUGCAUUUUCCAGCAUGUGUGAACAUUUAAAAAAAUGUUUAUGCAAAGGUCUAAUUGUGCUUUAGAUGUAAUGAAGAUCUGAGCUAGAAUACAUGUCAGCGAUAUAUUUUUGAGCAAAACAUCAGAUGGAACCUUAUAAUCUCAAGAUGGCAAUUUCUGAUUUCCAUCCUGAUUAUAUCUUAUGUACAGCACUAACUAGAGAUUGCCAUUUAUGAGCUCUGCACCUGACUGAGUAAUGUGAUUCUUCGAAGUGUGCACUAACUAGUUGGAAACUUUUUUUUUCUUUCCUGUCAUAGUGUUAAUAUCCACUUGCAUGCAACCGCCCUCUGGCUUAUUCUAAUCACAUUAAUGUGUCGUAUGAAUCUGAUACCCACCAUGUGAAGAGUUUUAUUACAAGGAGUAACUAGAAAUACUGAUGUGUGAAUUUGGAUAUGCACUGGUAAAUAUUUAUGAAUAACUACACAUAAUCUGCCUCUGCUUUGUACGUGUCGCAUUAAACAGCGCAUAUCUCAUUUUGAAAUGAAACUCCUCACAAGUGAACUGCAUUUUAUACAUAUUUCCACAGCUAUGACAUCAAGACAAAGCAGUGAGUUUUGCAUGUACCAUUAGUUAUAAAGCACCAAGUAGGCGCAUAGUGGACAUUUUUGUGCUAGCUCAGGGAAAAUACCAUUUAUUGUCUCUGAUAGAAGCUGUGGAUUUAAUAUGUAAACCUCAAUUUUAUGAUGUGCAAACCAGUGAACAGAGCAGAUUUCACUGGAAUGGUUUAAGUUAAAGGUACCUGCACUUGAUGUUUUCCUCCUGUCAGUUCUUGUCUGUACAUUUAGGUGUAAGAUUUCUCGCCAUGGUUACUCAGUCUCUUGCUAUUAUGUAUGCUGUGUCCUUUAUAUUACUGUUUUGGUGUUAUGAAUGCAUCCCGACAUAUUUGACAGUUUUAGCUGCUUUGUCACACCUUUGUCCACUUCCUGCUUUUCAUGUGUAGAUAUUUGCCCAAACACACAUUGCCAUCCACUGCUCUGAGCUAAUCGCACAUACAGAAAAUGAAUGCAACUAAAUCUACAUAUCAGACUUGUCAUGGUGACUAUAGCCAUAUUCCUUUGAAACACUACAGACAGUUUACAGUUUCACAUGAUGUACAACGAUGAAGCACCGUAACAUUGCACAACAACAUUAGACAUGUCAUCUAACUGUAUUUACCUCUACUUUCAAUUACUCACUUGCUACAUGUAUAUGUUGAAGGUAAUAUUUGUGCUGGUAGCAACACAUGUAAUAAAUGAAAUAUGUAGCGUACACGGGUGAGACGAUGUGUUCAUGGAUCAGGGAACAGAUUGGCUGUACUGAUACGGGUAGAUGGAGCAUGGUGUCUGUGUUUUUAAAAUGGCUCACAUAAUAAAGAGCACCACUCAUACAAGAGUGUUGUAUUUUUCUAACAUUUACUCUAAUACCCCAUAUUUGUACUCAGCACUAAUGAGUGUAAUUUACCAUUUAUUGCACAUAUUGUCACUCACUAUUACAGUAAUUCUCCUUCGAAAUGUCUUUUUUUUCGGAACCUAAUAAUAACAGUGAUGUUCUUGUGUGACAGUCACCUUAGCAGUACAAACUGAGAAUUGUAUAUUACUGAUAUUCUUUGUUUUAUGUCAAAGAAGAAAGGAAAAAUAAACUAUUUCAGUACUUAUACUACAUUAA